CGGUAGCGCAGUGCUGCUUUAUGAUUCAGAUUGAUGGUUAUUGACUUUUAGCGAAAAUCAUGAGUUUGUUUUCUCCAAGCCACGAGCUGUGUGAUUCUGAGUCCUCGUCCGUUGAGGACGAGGAAGACGACCUCCUCGCGGACGACCUAGUUCCCGCGAAGAAAAAAAGCGCGAAACCACUUCGCAAAAAAGCGAAAAGCGCCGCGCGAGGUCACCUUGUCCGCAAGGGUGCCACAAACGAGAAAAAAUCGCAGAGCGACCGCAUCUACAGCGUCCAUUCCGCUAGUACAAGGUCGACCGGUUGCCGGGACAAUCAGCAGGGAGGCAAUGCUGAGCUGCUCAGGGAUGCGACUGACGAUAAGGAUAAGCACCACCAGCGGAGCGAUGGUCUGCUGGGUACCACUUCUAGUUCAUCUAGUAGCUUUUCCUACAACCGGGGCCGAGUCAAUCACGUAGGCCCUCCUGUCACGCACAGCAGCGUCGCCUCGAGCUCAACGACAACAGCACUGGGCGCGGAGGGAAGCAACACCACCAACAUGGC